UCCCUGCAGAGGGCAAUGCUCAGACCUUCUCCUCUUGCCCCUGCAGCACCGCAGGCUCCAGUGACAGCUGCAAAUUUGCACUGCUGUCCCCCUGGCUGGGUUGGCUUCAACGGGGUCUGCUACGGCUUCUCAAGCGAUUACGGCACCUGGGAGCAGGGUCAGGAACGCUGCUCUGAGCUCGGGGCCUCCCUGGCCAUUGCCAAGGAUGAGGAGGCCAUGGAUUUGCUCUUCCGCCUCCGCGGGAACGGCGAUUACUGGCUCGGGCUGCGCAGACGGGGCCAGCGCCUGCACUGGGGGGACGGCAGCAGCUACAGCUCCCGGGUUCCUGUCUUUGGCGAUGCCGAGUGCGUGUACCUGGCUGAUGUGAGAUUCAGGAGUGGGAACUGCUCAAAUCCGCAGCCGUAUCUCUGCAGCAAGGCCCAAGCUCCCCUGUGACGGGGGCUGCAGAAAGGACCUUCUCC